UCGGCAUUGGGCAGUAAGUGAGCAAAGCGCGAACAAUAUACACGCGUCUGAUUGCGUUGCACCCGUUCUAUACUUCAAAGAUGGCGCUAUCAUGCGACUGUCCAAUGUCGCAGCCGGGACCUACGUUAGCGGCGACCUGCGGCGGCGGCGCCUUCAUGCUGUUCAUGGGACUGCUGGAAGUGUUCCUACGCAGUCAAUGCGAUCUCGAGGACCCGUGUGGAAGGCCGCAGUUUCGUCGCGAAAUGGAUUCAGUUUAUGACUUCAUCGUGGUAGGAGGUGGAUCGGCAGGCUCCGUGCUCGCCGCGAGGCUGUCGGAGGUGCCUCACUGGAGGGUGUUAUUAUUGGAGGCAGGAUUCGACGAGCCGACGGGAACGCAGGUGCCGUCCAUGUUUCUGAAUUUCAUUGGAUCUGCCAUCGACUGGGGGUACCACACGGAACCUGAGCCGGCCGCGUGCCUUGGGGAGAAGGACCGCAAAUGUUACUGGCCCCGUGGGAAGGUGUUGGGCGGUACGUCAGUGAUGAACGGGAUGAUGUACAUGCGCGGCUCUCGACACGACUACGACGGAUGGGCGGCCGCCGGCAACGAGGGCUGGGCCUACGAUGAUGUCCUUCCCUACUUCAUCAAGUCCGAAGACAACCGACAGAUGCAUGACGUCGACGAUGGCUACCACGGCACGGGUGGCCCUCUCACAGUGGAGCAGUUCCCCUAUCAUCCGCCUCUCAGUCACAGCCUGCUUAAAGCCGGAGAGGAGCUUGGUUAUCAAGUCCGUGACUUAAACGGAGCCAUCCACACUGGGUUCAGCAUCGCUCAAACGACGCAUCGCAACGGGUCUCGAGUAAGCGUGGCGCGGGCUUUCUUGCGUCCCGCGAGGCAUCGCCCCAAUCUCCACGUGAUGCUUAACGCCACAGCGGCUCGAGUACGCAUCAACACCACCACGAGGCGCGCCUACGCUGUCGAUAUUAUCAACUCUUACGGCCGUUCCGAGACCGUCUUUGCUAAUAACGAAAUUAUACUGAGCGCGGGUGCCAUCGGGAGUCCACAACUGCUUCAGCUAAGCGGAGUUGGACCCGCGGACGUUUUAAAUCGGGCGGGAGUGGAGAUGAUCCAUGAGCUGCCUGGUGUGGGUCGCAACCUUCACAACCACGUCACGCAUUUCCUCAGCUUCUAUUUAAAAGACAACAACACCGCGCCCCUCAACUGGGCCACCGCUAUGGAGUAUCUUCUCUUCCGUGACGGGCUCAUGUCUGGCACCGGAAUAUCUGAAGUAACCGCAUUCAUCAACACAAAGUAUGCAAACCCGGAGGAAGACAACCCCGACAUCCAAAUGUUUUUCGGCGGGUUCCUCGCAGAUUGCGCCAAGACCGGGAUGUUGGGGGAGAGUAAGGGAGAAGGCGCCCGUUCCGUGCAAAUGUUUCCUGCUGUACUGCGACCAAAAAGUCGUGGCCAUCUAGAAAUCGCCAGCCCUGACCCCUUCCAGCAUCCCAAGAUUUUUGCCAAUUACUUGACCCAUCCAGAUGAUGUGAAGACACUGAUAGAGGGCAUCAAGUUCGCCAUCCGUUUGUCAGAGACCGGAGCCUUGAAAAAGUACGGAAUAAAGCUUGAUCGCACCUCAGUGAAGGGAUGUGAGAGGUAUCGCUUCGGGUGCGACGCUUACUGGGAAUGUGCGGUGCGUAUGCAGACUGGACCGGAGAACCACCAGGCAGGUUCAUGCAGAAUGGGGCCUCGUGGUGACCCACUCGCGUGCGUCGACCCGCUGUUACAGGUGCAAGGUAUCGAUCGGCUCCGCGUGGCGGAUGCUAGUGUGAUGCCGGCUGCGCCGUCAGGAAACACUAACGCGCCAACUGUCAUGAUCGCAGAACGCGCUGCAGACUUCAUAAAGCAACGCUGGCUGGGCGCGACACAAGUACCUAACCCCACGCAGGACUCAGCGGACAUCUCUAACGUGCUGAGCCCAAGCGAGAGUCGCUACCCAGGGUGGCUCUGACCAACCCGUAGUCCAGGUCAUGAGCCGUCCUUGAAUCCCCUCUCUCGAUUUAGAUUUUUACCUAUAGUUACCAUUAUUUUAAAACGUUUCCUUGUUUCCCCUAAUUUAGCGCCAUCAAUGAUCUAAUAUUUAGAACUAAGAAUAUGUUAUUUUAAAGAGUCGAAAGAUCCUAUCUAUUAUGUUUACAUAAACGAUUUUCUAUUGAAAGAUUAGGAUGAAUUAUUCUUAAAUUUUGUAUACUGUAAAGUUGUCUUAAGUUCAUCUCAGUAGUGAGUCGGCCACGUGAAACCUGUAUUUAAUAUAGUACAAAGAUUGUUGCUAUCGUUAAGGUGUUUUUUAUGAUUUUAGAUAACUAGUAAAAACUAAAAUUUAUAGUCUUUUAGAAAAAUUAAUGUUCACAGAAAUUGUCAUGUAUUUUUGAAUAGAUAGAUUGUAACUUGUACUGUAAAAAUGCAUGAUAAAAGUGGUGUACUUUAAUAAGUGCACAAUGAAAGAUGUUAACAAAUAUGGGACUAUUCUUAACCCAGGUUUCCUAUUCAGGCCGGUAAUGUUCAAAUUUAGAUAAUAAUUAAUUUAAAUUAAGAGGCGAGUUGAAACAAUCUACGACUGUUGUUAUAAUAUGUAUAAUAGGUGUCGUACAAAAUACUCAAUUUAGUUAAU